ACAGACAGUUCGCAAACGAAUCCCGCAUUGAUCUGCGACCAUGUUUUCUAUCAGACCCCACAAUGUCUUUUUCUUGAUCUCUUUGGCUUUUUCGGUCUCUGCAACCCCCCUGCCACCAGUGGAGCCGUUUCCAGAGGUCAUACCUGGGCCUGGUCUCCCAUCUCUCGAAUCACUCAAUUUGACGUCCACCGAACUAUACACAAUGGAGCUUCCCAAUGAUGAAACGGCAAAACUUCCUGCCCAUGAAAGUCCUUGUGGCGGCACACAUUUGAAAGCACCUGUGAAAGGUGUCGUUGCAUGUAUGAACUACUUAUACAAGUUGGAAAGCACUAAUUGUGCGGUCGGAGCAUGGUUUGAUGCUGGCAAUUACAAUAUGGGUGUGACAGAGAUGUGCCGAGCCGGUAAUGCUCAUAUCACAGGAUCUGGGCAAAGGAGCCCAACGAAUAGCUACUGCUCAAACGUAGCGCGAACUGUGCACUAUAUCAUUGAUCGCUGUACUGAUGAACAAGGGUUAUCCGGAGGAGCUUGGUCAGUGGAUGAAAAUAAAGCCUUCACCGUCGCCGCUGUAAACCUCGAAACAUGGUAAAACAUGUGGUUUACACGGUCCUGUUUGUUUAUCAAGGUCAAGGAUAUUGCAUGUCGGGAUAUAUCAUCAAAUCCAAUCAUCUGCCGUAGAUCGUGGGGUUUAUCGAGUUUCGUCGUCGUUCUUGAACAGCAACGUUACCCAUCUAUCUUUUGUAUACCUGCUAUCGAGGUUUUUGUUUAGUCAUACUUCUAUUUUUCUUGCGGCUGCAAAUGAAGAAGGGGUGGAAGAGUUAAUUUCAAGGCCCACCGUUCACC